AUGUCGCAAAGGACAUACAAUGAGCUGUGGGCAGAUGCCCAGUUAGAGUUGAGCCGCCUGCUAACGGAGGAGCUGCCUCCUGAGCCCCCUCGUCCAGAAAAGGACAGGGUAGUGUUCGUCCAGCGUCUGGCCAUGCUUUAUGUGAGCUACAUCCAGAUCUUCAGACAGCUGGAGGAGGUCUAUGACCAGGUGGUCCACCCUCAGAAGACACGUGUUAUUCGGUCGAUUCUUGAUGGUGUGAUUGGAAGGGUGUUAGAGCUGAAGAAUGAAAUGGUGGAAAAAGAGUUUUCAGAGUACCACUAUAUGGAUGAUGUCCUUCAUGACUUAAAGCUCAGACCUGCAGACCUUGAGAUCCCCAUCCCUCGUUAUUUCAUCACUGAACGCAACAAAGAAGUCCAAGAACGAAGGACAAUGCUGACAGAUAUCCUAAAAAUGGUGGAGGUUACUGAAAGCCCAGAACCCUUAAUUGUCAAGGACAUGAGUCAAGAGGUGGCCAUUAAGAUCAUUCAAGUGGUAGAAAGGGCCCGUCAAGGACGCCUAAGGGCAAAGUUGAAUGAAGAGAGCAGAAAUAUGAACAGGAUGUACAGGACCAAGGACACUGGAGCGCCUGGCAUUGAGUUGGCUGCAGUCUGCAUUCAGAAGGUGUGGAGGGGCUACAUACAGAGAAAAAGGGCAAAGAUUGCUCGGGAUGAAGAAAUGAUUUUUUUGGGAAUGGUCAUGGAUCCAAAAUACCAAGUGCCAUGUCCUGCAGAAAUCACAGCCCGGGCCACUGAAGCUUCCACACGGAUUAAACAGGAGGAGUAUGAGGAAGACUACCAAAAGUCAAUACUAAGCAUCACAAAACAACUACGAGAUGUGGAGGGUCAUGACAUGAGCAAGGCAAUGAAAGAGAAAAUCCGUCAGUGGUUCAUCGAAUGCCGUGAUGCUACUGGAUCAUUUCCAGAUUACCCUGAUGAAGAGGAUGGAGGCUCAGCUCUCAUUUUUGCAGAAAAGAAUCCUCAGCAGUUAAUGGAAGAAAUUGCUGCAAAGGAAGAGGAGGAUUCAAACAGUAAGCCAAAAGGGAAGGAGGAAAAAAAGGAAAAGGGGAAGAAGGACAAGGGGAAAGAUGAAGAACAAGAAGAGGAGGCGGGGUUGAAGAUGCUACCUUCAGCUUUUCUGUCAGACUUGGAUUUGGAAAACAAAACGUUUGUAGAUUUUUGGAAGACCCGCAAUGAGUCCAGAAACUUCAGCCAGAGGCACGAGGUGGAGCUUAUCAAGGAAGAAAAGAGGAAAGUCAUUGAGGCAGAGAUACGAGUACAGGUAGAUGAGCAGAUGAGACAAGAGUUGGCUGAAUGGAAGCUAGCUGUGGAUAAAGACAAGGGUGGUAAAACCAAAGGAAAUGCCAAGAAAAAGAAAGGAUCAAAGAGCGGAAAGAAGAAGAAAAAGGAGAAAGAUCUGACAGCUGAAAGGACUCUUGAGUCUCUGUGUCAGGAGCUGGUGGAACAGGGCUUGUUGAAAAAGGCGAACAAUGUUAGGCUGCAGGAUUACUUGGGCGACUAUAGCUACCUCGGGACAACACUGAGGCAAAAUGACAUUGAGCCCAUGCCAUCACUGUCAGAUGUGCGACAAGUCUUAUCUCUAUAUUCAAUUUUACCAUUAGGAUCUCAGGUGGUACAUGAGAAAGCUCCCCUGAUAAAGGCCAUCCUGCUGGCAGGGCCUUCAGGUGUAGGUAAGAAGAUGUUAGUCCAUGCAAUCUGCCAUGAGACAGGUGCCAACUUGUUCGAUCUGUCUCCUCUGAACACGGCGGGAAAGUAUCCAGGCAAGAGUGGCCUCGCAAUGAUGCUUCACAUUGUCUUUAAGGUUGCGAGACUGCUGCAGCCUUCAGUAAUAUGGAUUGAAGAUGCAGAGAAAAUGUUCUACAAGAAAGUUCCCAAGGAAGAAAAGGAGUUAGACCCGAAGCGGUUGAAGAAAGAUUUGCCCAAGUCGCUUAAGUUGAUCAAAGGCGAAGAUCGUGUUCUGAUAGUAGGAACAACUAAAGACCCUCAAAGUGCUGAUAUUAAGUCACUGUGUAAAAUGUACAACAAAAUCAUCCUCAUCCCAAGACCUGACUACGGCUCAAGAUACAUCUUGUGGAAGCAACUGAUCAAAAAGCAGGGAGGUGAAAUAACAAAUGCCCUGGAUCUCAGCUCUCUUGCGAAGAUUUCUGAUGGCUACACUCCAGGUCACAUGGUCCAAGUGAUCCAGAGCGUUGUCACCAAGCGCCGCAUCCUACAGCAGGCAAACAGACCCCUGACUGCUGCCGAGUUUGUCUCCCCUUUAGCCAAGAUCGACCCUGUGUUUCAGGAAGAGGAAGAGGCUCUCAAAAACUGGUAUGCAAAGACCCCUCUGGGAAAGAAGAGGAUUAAGGCCGCCACAGGAAAGGAAGAAGAAGUAGUCCCGGUUAAAGGCAAAGGUGCAAAGAAAAAAGGGAAAAAAUAA